AUGUUCUCACAGAAGAAGCCGUACUCGGCGGUAACCGUCAACGUUGAGAACCUCACCUCGGAGGGCUACAACGUCGACGAUCUCAGCGGCAUCCCCGACCUCGUCGAGGUCAUCAAGCUCCAGGCCUCGGGCCCCAGCGAGGCGGCCCGGGCCAUCCGCAAGAAGCUCAAGUACGGCAACGUUCACCGCCAGCUCCGCGCCCUCGUCAUCCUUGACGGCCUCAUCCAAAACGCCGGCUCGCGCUUCCAGCGUGCCUUUGCCGACGAGCCCUUGCUCGAGCGCCUCAGAGUCUGCGGCACCUCUGGCCUCUCGGACCCGGCCGUCAGGAGAAAGUGCACCGAACUGUUUCGGGAGUGGUCGCAGUACGCCUCUACUCCAGGCCUAGAGCGGGUCGCACGCCUUCACAAGGAACUCCCAAAGAGAAAAGUCGCCGUUACGCAGGAGAAAUCAAAGGUCAUCCGGGAGACGGAAAACCCUUUUGGAGACGAGGAGGAGGAAGAGGCAGCCGAGCGCGCCUCGCGACCACCCGUUGCCGGGCCCUCGUCCAGGCCAUGGCCCUCUCAACCCGCGCCAGCCGCCAGGGGGGGUGAAGGUUCGCUCUAUGACAAGAAGAAGAAGAAGAAGGACAAGGACAAGGACAAGAGCAAAGGAAAGCGAGGGCCAUUCAACCUCGAGGCUGAAAAAGACAAGAUCAAGUCCAUCAUUGCCGAGUCGUCCAUUGAGUCGACAAACCUCAAGAACUCGCUCCAGAGCAUCAAUCGCGAGCGCCAGCGCAUCUCGAACAACAGAGAGGCCGUGCAGCAUUUUGAGGCCUGCAAGCAGCUCCGUCGGAGGAUCCUACGCUAUAUUCACCUCGUUGAAAGCGAGCAGUGGCUCGGCAGCCUGCUCCACGCCAACGACGAGCUUGUCCAUGCCCUCAUGUCGUUUGAGCAGCUGGACCAAUCCAUCGACGCCGACAGCGACUCGGACGACGAACUCGCCCAGCAAGCUCACAUGUACCGAAUGGCUGCCCUCAGGACCAAAGAUGACCAGGCCGCCCACCCGCUUCCAGGCACGCACGCCCCCGACCUCGCCGGCCUCUCCCUCGAACCGACGCCCAAGCCGGCCGUUCCCCCGAUCCCCCGCCCCCCGGACUCCAUCAUGAGAGCCGAAGAUGACGACGACGACGACCCCUUUAGCGAUGACAAUGUCGUGAGAACACCGAUGCACGAACGUGAAGAGCCGCGCUGGUAG